AUGGCGGCCACGGUCACUUCAGAACCACAAACUUCUGCUGUCCCUGGGAGUAGAGAGUCGUCAUUGGCGCGAGACGUGGGAGAUGCUGGGUUGGUUCCCUCGAUUCCCAGCCUGUUCACCUCGGAGCCCCCCAUUCGAGAUGCCUUGGCCACGGACAGCUCGCAGGUUCAGGAUGAUACUGUGGAUGAGUGCAUGCCGUUUCUGACGGGAUAUGGACACGAUGAAUGCAACGCGCAUGGGAUACCUCCGCUCCUGCGGGAUCGCCAUGCGAAAUUCCUGCAGAAGCAGCUAGGCAAGCUGCCAUCCAUGUUCAAGUCUGCGGACCCGAGUCGACCAUGGAUAUUUUACUGGUGUCUCGCAGGAUUGUCUCUUCUCGGUGAAGAUGUCGCUGAAUAUCGCUCGAGACUCAUCGAAACUGUGCGACCCAUGCAGAAUGAGACGGGGGGCUUCGCAGGAGGCUUCGGCCAGACUUCUCAUCUUGCCACCACCUAUGCAGCCGUCCUGUCGCUGGCCUUGGUCGGCGGGGAAGAGGCCUAUGAGCUGGUUGACAGGAGAAGCAUGUGGAAAUGGCUCUCUUCGCUUAAGCAACCAGAUGGGGGGUUUCAAAUGGCCGUUGGUGGUGAGGAAGAUGUGAGGUAA